UGUAACGUCUGUUGUCGUUUCCAUGGAAACGGCUGGGAUCAGUUUAAUGUUUGAAGACAAUGAGGAAGUGGACUUUGAUCCUGGAGACAGAGCACAAAACCUCCACACACGACUGCGAGGAAGAACAUCCGAGUCCUUCAUCUGCUGCUCCUCCUCAUCAGCCAAACGCCAUGAAGCUGGAGGUGAAGAUCGAGCUGCUGAAGUUCUUCUUCACCUUCCUGAACACGCUCUUCUUGGUUCUGGGUCUGAGUGUUGGCGGCUGUGCUAUCUGGAUUCUGCUCGGCUCAGGAAGCUUCCUGAAUGUUCUCUCAUCUGAUGAACUGCAGGUGGUGGCGAUGGGGCUCCUCCUGAUCGGGGCGGUGGUGAUCUUGGUCAGCCUCGUUGGAUGCAUCGGAUCAAGCAGCGAGAACAGAUUCAUGCUGGUGGUGUACGGCAGCUUCCUCAUCGUCCUGGUUCUGGGUCAGCUCUUCGUCAUGCUGCUGCUGCUCAUCAACAGGGGCAAGAUAAACCAGGCUUUGACUGAAACUGUUCAUAAGAUCAUCUCUGACUAUGGAAACAGCAGUGACAUUGAGGAAAGGAUGAUGGACGCCAUGCAGAAGACGGGACGUUGCUGUGGUCUGACACGAGCCUCCGACUGGCUGGAAAACUCCUUCCUACAGACGUUGAACCUGUCAACUGUGGACGUCCUCCCAUGUUCCUGUUAUGCAUCAUAUAAUCUCACUUUUAACUCGUCUUGGUGCUCAGAGAACCCAGAACUUCAUUCAGCAUCUGUUGGAGAAGGAGUCCAUGCUUUUAAUGAGAGCUGCAGUGGAAAGCUCUCGUUCUGGCUGCAGGAGAACAUCCUGACCAUCAUCAGCAUGGAUGUCAUCCUGCUCCUGCUCCAGAUGAUUGAUGUUGCCAUGGCAGCGGCUCUGUACCAAAUGUUUGGGAAGAAAGCGACUCUAAAGAGAAACAACCAACUUUUUGAUGAAAGCCAAGACAGCGAUGCGGAGUCUGAAGACGACGGACAGCAUACUUAUGCCUAUGUACAUCCAGACGGGGAAGAACCCGAGCUCAACCAAACCAACCAUGUCAACCCGAACCAACAGGCCCGCUUUGUCCACAGGGCAGAACCCCCGGGGCCCUGGGCCUUUAGGGACCAGUAAGCAAAUACUGCAAAAAUAGAUAUAUAUGAUUUUUUUUCUUUUGACAUAUGUUUGUAGUGUAAUUUGCUUGACGAACUAAAAAAGUUUUAUUUACUGACAUUAAAACUAUCCUCUAAAGGAUUCUAGAGGGAAAACUUUCUGAAA